AUGGCCGGGACCAUGCAUGCCCACAUGAAGUUUGCCGAGCAUGCACCUACUGGCAGUGACGCCACAUACGCUCGCAAAAGCCCGCCAUUCAUCCUUUCCAGUCCUACCCCCUCCCAACCCUUCAACUUUCAAACCCAAUGCAAUACCUUGAGCUCUGAUGAUCCAUUCAAAUCACCAAUCAAUCGCCCAACGUUCCAAUUAAAUAACAAACGAAGACGACAACCCAGCCACUCAGAACCCCACAUCAACUCACCAAAAGAAGCUAUCCAAAAAGCUAGAAGUCUACUCAUUCUAGCUGCCUCCUUGGAAGAGGAUACCGAAGAACAAUCGAAAGUCCUAGACUUAGUCGAAAUAUUUCGUGAAUAUCUUGAAAAAGGAAAACUCACAAAAGCCUCAAAUAUCAUCACAUCACAAAUCUCCCAUCUAGAAAAUGCUACCAAACGGAUCGAAAAGCAAGCCAACCACCUUUCAAACCUCCCCAAUCAUAUAAUCCCUCCUACAAUAAACGCCCCUGGAAUCAAAGCCAGCUAUGCCACUAUCACCAAAACCUCAGGAGAAUGGAACCUAGUUACAAAGGGAAAACCCACAAAACAGAAAACUACAGAACAAAAGGAAGAAGCCCCAAGCAAACGACUAAUCCUCAUCAAACCCCUUAUUUAUCAACCACACUCUUUUACACCAUUAAAUACAAGGAACAAAGUCAACGAAGCCUUCAAGAAAGCAGGAAUCAAUGGACCAAUCAUCUCAGCUAUCACUACUACAAGGAGCGGCAAUUUUAUACUAACCACUAACAGCCCUUUCAAUGCACAAUUCCUGAUGGAAAAGAAGGAAAUCUGGGACAAAAUCCUUGAUGCCGCAAGAAUACAAAUCGAUAAACCCUGGCAUAAAGUCAUCAUUCACAAAAUCCCAAUUCAGGAAUUCUCAGGUCUGAAAGGUAUGGACCUAAUCAAAGAGGAAGUCAAUACCUUCAACCCAGGGCUCAGUAUCAUGGGUACUCCUUACUGGCUUACUAAUGCCUCCAAGAGAGCCAAACAACAAGACGGAGCAAUAGUCAUUGCAUUUGCUACACAAAAAGAAGCAGAUAUAGCUAUCCAGAAAAGGCUAUAUAUUGCAGGCAUUAGUGUUAGAGUAGAAAGAUUCUAUCAUCUACUGCUUCAUCCCAAUGCACAGAUGCCAGGGAUUCGGGCCAUAACGAAUCAUACUGCAAAAAACCUCCAGCUUGCGGACUUUGCACUUCUGCUCAAACUUCUCGGAGAUAAUCCUUCGAACCUGCGUCCCCGAACUAUGAUCUACAUUUCAAAAGGAUUCAAACCGCUAGUAGCCCUAGCUCCCAACUCCCCUAAUGAUCCAGAUAUUCAAAUCAUUGAUAUCACUCAAGGAAAACAUACAAUACAACUCAUCAAUAUCUACAAUGAAGCGGACCAAGCCAAAGAAAAAGGCCACACCAUCGAAAGAUGCCUUUACAAUACCCCUCUUACUCAUCACACCAUCCUCGUAGGAGAUUUCAACUCCCAUCACCCUUGGUGGGACCCCUUCUCUAACAAAAGCUCAAAUGCCGACCUACUCACCGAAUGGUUUGAGGAUCACAAUCUCAUUCUAUUUAACGAACCAGGCACGAGCACCUUUUAUCGAACAAAUAUGACAAACCCAAGUGUCUUAGACCUUACUUUAGCCACAGAUUCAGUAUCUCCCUAUAUCACUGAUUGGCAAGUCCUCCCGGAUCUUGGAUCAGAUCACUUAAGCAUUCUCUUUGAAGUAAAGGGCACGUUAUCCCGUACAACGAAUAUAGCUCAGCCAGCAAGAUUCAAUACAAAACUUGCGGAUUGGGAAAAAUUCGCGAAUACCCUCAAAUCGAAAAUAUCGAUAUCAACCACCUUAAAUUCGAGUGAAUACCUUAAUAUCGCUACCUCAGAAUCCAACUCUCUUGAUUCCCUUCUCGACAAGAGCCAAUACAUACAAGUAUUGGAUGAAGCUGCAAAAGAAUUCACCCGAAUAAUCACUUAUUCGGCUGAAACCAGUAUACCGAGAAUCAAGUCCACAAAAAGAGCUAAACCCUGGUGGUCCCCAGAGCUGAAAGCCCUUCGAAAACGACUCUCUAAUGCAUUUGAGAACGCCAAGAUUUACCCGGAAGACGAUAUGUUCAAGAAAAUCUACCGGUCAGCCAGGAAUCAUUACUUCCAAGCUAUUAAAACAGCAAAGAAAAACCAUUGGAAUGAGUUCCUUGAAAAAGAGGAUACCCAAUCCAUAUUCAAGGCAAUGUCAUACACAAAAGAUAUACAAACUGAACGAAUCCCGAAUAUUCGAUCCAAUCCCUCUAAACUAGAAAAUUCUUUCGAAGGAAAAUGCUCUGCAUUUAGAUCGACCCUAUUUCCUCCUCCUCCAUGCACCCCACCGCCCAAUUGGGAAAGCUAUAAACAAUCUAAGAAAUGGGAAUGGCCUGAUCUUACAGAGAGCGAACUCCUAAACGCGUGCUCUGCAAAAAUCAAAGGAAAGACCCCUGGCCCCGAUGGGAUCACUCAAGAUAUCAUUAUUCAAGCGUACAAAGCAAUACCAAAAGCAUUCUCCACCCUCUUCAGUCAUCUUAUCAACCUUGGUUACCAUCCUUCUUGCUGGAAACAAGCCACUGGAGCGAUACUCAAGAAACCUUCAAAACCAGACUACUCGGCCCCAAAAGCUUAUAGAGUUAUCGCCCUACUAAAUUGCCUUGGCAAAAUAAGUGAAAGAAUUCUAGCUCAAAGGCUUAGCUACUUAGCGGAGACUACGCAAUUACUUCAUUACUCUCAAAUGGGUGGAAGACAAAAGAAAUCAGCCAUCGACACAGCAAUCUUACUCACUACCGAAAUCGAAAGAAAUUCAAGAUCCAAGAAGAAAACCUCAACUCUCUUCCUGGAUGUUAAAGGCGCCUUUGAUCAUGUAUCUAUGAACAAAUUAUUAGAUAUCUGCAAGAACCUAAACCUCCCAACCAGCCUAAUCGCCUGGAUCUCAUCUUUUUUGAAGGAAAGGCUACUCAAGCUCUCAUUCGAUGGCCAAAUUGAAACCUUCAAACCGAUCAAUACCGGGAUCCCCCAAGGCAGCCCUAUUUCGCCAAUCCUCUUCUUAAUUUAUAUUCGAGAUCUAUUCUCAGCAAAUUCGAUCAAAUAUCUCUCAUAUAUAGAUGAUAUAGCUUUAACAACAUUUUCAACAUCCUGGAAAAAGAACAUCAUCUCUCUCGAAAGAGCAACUAAACAGAUAUAUGCUCUAGGCAAAGAAAAUGCUAUUCAAUUUGAUCUAGCGAAGACGGAACUAAUACACUUCUCUACAUCCAAAGAUACGAAGACAGCCUCAAUCAAGCUUCCGAACGAGGAGAUAAUUCAACCCUCAACACUAGUCAGAUUGCUAGGCAUAUGGUUCGACCCUGGCCUCAGUUUCAAACAACAUGUCACAAUCCGAGCUACCCAGGCUAAAACCUCAUUCUACCGAAUGGCUAGACUUGCUAAUUCUGAAAAAGGCUUUAGUCCCAAGGCAAUGAGACAGCUCUAUAUGGCAUGCGUCACCAGUAUAGCUGACUACGGUUCAAUUUUAUGGUGGAAAGGGCAAAACCAAUUCAAGAAAAUCCUUCAAUCCUUGCAAAACCUCGCCCUUCGAAAAAUCCUAGGAGUAUUCAAAACCUCACCAAUAAAACCAAUAGAAAUAGAAGCCGCAUUGUGCCCUCCAGAAGUAAGGCUAAAUGCUGGAAUCAAACAAUACGCCUUCAGAUUAUUGAAAAUCUCCCCUUCUCAUCCUGUCAAUUUAAUAGCUACAAAGCUGGCUACAGAAAAGGAAAAUCAAGAUGUAGUUGCAACCCCUCAAAGAAAGCAAUUAAAACCUACUCAACUCGAAAAGAUCAAAAACUCAAUCCAGAAAGACUUCGAUCCCCUCACUUUGGAAAGAAUUCAUCAUUUCUACUUCCCUCCUUGGAAGAAGGAAGUUCCAUAUAGAGUCAAUAUCAGCAAAUUAGGAAAAGAAGAAGCUGCGAUGAUCCACAAUCUGGCUUUCAAAUAUAGAUGCAAAAAUACCAUUACCAUAUACACUGAUGCCUCAUCCACUCUAGAGGGAAUAGGGGUUGGGAUCGGGAUAGUAGUCAUCUUACCAAAUGGCCGAAACUCAUAUCAAGAGACUAUCAAUAUAGGCGUGAAUCAGCUUGUCUAUAACGGUGAGCUUCUAGGAGUUACUAAAGCGAUCGAAUACGCAAAUUCAAUAGCUCAACCAGGAAACAAGUUCAAGAUAUACUCAGAUAAUCAAGCAGGAUUAUUCCGGCUGAAAACCCCCUCCGAUUCACCUGGUCAAUCAUGCCAAAUCAAAGCUAUAAAAGCUGCGGAAGCUAUUCAAAAUAAAGGAGCCGAAAUCUCUCUCAAUUGGGUCCCCGGACAUACAUCUGUACAAGGAAAUGAGCUAGCUGAUUCUCUUGCAAAAGAGGCGACCAAAAUACCAUCCUCAUCUCACGAAACCAGUUAUGCCUCCAUUGGAAUGGAUAUAAAAAGAAUGAAAUCAGAGAACUGGAUAGCCAUCCUUAACACUAACAACUUUCAUCAACCAUCGUCAACAUAUUCAAGAAACUACCCCUGGAAGAUCAGCUCAAAAAUCAGAAUUCCAGGAAACAUCAAAAGAAGCACAAUCUGUGCUCUGUUCCAACUCAAAAUUGGACACGGAUACUUCAAAUCUUAUUUGAAACGAUUCGGUAUCUCCUCUAAUGACAAUUGUAGAUGUGGGGGAAAGGAAUCUCCUGAUCAUCUUCUGCUCAGUUGUCCUUUAUAUAAAAUGGCAAGGAAAACCCUCAAUAAGGAUAACCCCAUAGUCCGACCUACUAUGAAAUAUCUGCUUCAUACUAAAGCAGGAAUCAUCAAGACCCUCGAAUUUAUCGAGGCGACGAGAAUAGCCACCAGAUCAUGGCAUCUCAAUAGAAUGCAUGAAGAAGAAGAGGAAGAAGGCGGAGAAGAAGGGGGUGGACCGGAAGAUUGUGAUUGA